AUGGCGCCGACUGGGAUCCCACAGGAGGGCGAUGGUUCAGACCCAGAGCAGCAAGAUGCUGGAGAUGACAGCAAGUCAGAGAACGGGGAGAACGCACCCAUCUACUGCAUCUGCCGCAAGCCGGACAUCAACUGCUUCAUGAUCGGCUGUGACAACUGCAACGAGUGGUUCCAUGGGGACUGCAUCCGGAUCACCGAGAAGAUGGCCAAAGCCAUCCGGGAGUGGUACUGUCGGGAGUGCCGAGAGAAGGAUCCCAAGCUGGAGAUCCGCUACCGGCACAAGAAGUCACGGGAGCGGGAUGGCAGCGAGCGGGACAGCAGUGAGCCGCGGGAUGAGGGUGGAGGGCGCAAGAGGCCUGCCCCGGACGUGGACCUGCAGCGACGGGCAGGGUCUGGGACAGGGGUUGGGGCCAUUCUUGCUCGGGGCUCUGCUUCACCCCACAAAGCCUCUCCACAGCCCUUGGUGCCCACACCCAGCCAGCAUCACCAGCAGCAGCAGCAGCAGCAGCAGAUCAAACGGUCAGCGCGCAUGUGUGGGGAGUGUGAGGCGUGCAGGCGCACCGAGGACUGUGGCCACUGUGACUUCUGCCGGGACAUGAAGAAGUUUGGGGGUCCGAACAAGAUCAGGCAGAAGUGUCGGCUACGCCAGUGCCAACUUCGCGCUCGGGAAUCGUACAAGUACUUCCCUUCCUCGCUCUCACCGGUGACGCCCUCUGAGCCCCUGCCAAGGCCACGCAGGCCACUGCCCACCCAACAGCAGCCACAGCCAUCACAGAAGCUGGGGCGCAUCCGUGAAGAAGAGGGGGCUAUGGUGUCAGCAGUCAAAGAGCCACCUGAGGCAACAGCCACACCUGAGCCACUCUCAGAUGAGGACCUCCCGCUGGAUCCUGACCUGUACCAUGACUUCUGUGCGGGGGCCUUUGAUGAUCACGGUCUGCCCUGGAUGAGUGACCCAGAGGAGUCUUCAUUCCUGGAUCCUGCACUGCGGAAAAGAGCAGUCAAAGUAAAGCAUGUGAAGCGCCGGGAGAAGAAGUCUGAGAAGAAGAAAGAGGAGAGAUACAAGAGACACCGGCAAAAGCAAAAACACAAAGACAAGUGGAAACACCCGGAGCGGACUGAUGCCAAGGACCCUGCAACCCUACCACAGUGCCUGGGGCCGGGCUGUGUGCGCCCUGCCCAGCCUGGCUCCAAGUAUUGCUCAGAUGAUUGUGGCAUGAAGCUGGCAGCCAACCGCAUCUACGAGAUCCUGCCCCAGCGCAUCCAGCAGUGGCAGCAGAGCCCCUGCAUCGCUGAGGAGCAUGGCAAGAAGCUACUUGAACGCAUUCGCCGCGAACAGCAGAGCGCCCGCAGCCGCCUUCAGGAGAUGGAGCGCCGCUUCCACGAGCUCGAGGCCAUCAUUCUGCGAGCCAAGCAGCAGGCUGUGCGUGAGGACGAGGAGAGCAAUGAAGGUGACAGUGACGACACAGACCUGCAGAUCUUCUGCGUCUCCUGCGGACACCCCAUCAACCCACGUGUUGCUUUGCGCCACAUGGAACGCUGCUAUGCCAAGUAUGAGAGCCAGACGUCUUUUGGGUCCAUGUACCCCACACGCAUUGAGGGGGCCACUCGGCUCUUCUGUGACGUGUACAAUCCUCAGAGCAAGACAUACUGUAAACGGCUCCAGGUGCUAUGUCCUGAGCACUCACGUGACCCCAAAGUGCCAGCCGACGAGGUAUGUGGGUGCCCCCUCGUACGUGAUGUAUUUGAGCUCACGGGUGACUUCUGCCGUCUGCCCAAGCGCCAAUGUAACCGCCAUUACUGCUGGGAAAAGUUGCGGCGUGCUGAAGUAGACCUGGAGCGUGUGCGUGUGUGGUACAAACUAGACGAGCUGUUUGAGCAGGAGCGCAAUGUACGCACAGCCAUGACCAACCGGGCCGGUUUACUGGCCUUAAUGCUGCACCAGACGAUCCAGCAUGACCCUCUCACGACUGAUCUUCGAUCCAGUGCUGACCGCUGA